AUAUAUAUAUAUAUAUAUUAGUGUCAAGUGGUGAUGCAUUUGUUUAAAAUAAAAUAAAAAAUGAUGUCGAUUCGAGAUGCUAGGGUGUAAAAAUUAUCUCAUGAAUAUCAUCAAUGGCAGGGGCGGAAACCGACUAAAAUUUCAAAAAAAUAUUAGACCUGAACCUAGAAUUUUAACAUUGUAAGAACUUCAAUACUAGAAAUCUUAAGUUUGAACCCAUUAAAUUUAAAUCCUGGUUCUGUGUCUGAUCAAUGGUGGGUGGGUGGUGAUUGGUUUUUGAUCAGCGAUGUUCCAUCUCCUUGGUAUGGAAUUGACAAUAAAACAAAGUUAAUAAUGAGUCGUUCUAAAUAUUCUUUGCUUAACGAAACAACUUUGGCGAUUAAGCUGUAUUGUCUGUAACCCUAUGCAUUGAGUAGGUUGAUCUGUUGCUCAACUUUCUUUAAUAAGUCGUAGAUGGUUUUGAAGACGACUUUCUUUGUCUUUGUUCCAAAAUGUCUCGGAAAGGAUUGAUGGAGCAAGACCUAAGUAAAUUGGAUGUGACAAAGCUACAUCCGCUGUCGCCUGAAGUUAUUUCUCGUCAGGCAACAAUAAACAUUGGCACUAUUGGCCAUGUGGCUCAUGGGAAGUCAACAGUUGUAAAAGCUAUAUCUGGUGUGCAGACUGUUCGUUUUAAAAAUGAGCUAGAGCGUAAUAUUACAAUUAAGCUUGGAUAUGCAAAUGCUAAGAUAUAUAAAUGUGAAGAAGACCGCUGUCCUAGACCCGCGUGCUACAAGGCUUAUGGAAGUGGAAAAGAAGACAGUCCCAUGUGUGACGUCCCUGGUUUUGAGAACUGCAAAAUGAAAUUGCUGAGGCAUGUAUCUUUUGUUGAUUGCCCCAUCAACAAUGAUCCAUCAAGAAUGUUUGCCACAAGUGGACUGACACACAAUCGCCAAAAUACACCUCAAAAUAUUCAUGGUAAUACUCUCCAAAUCAUGAAUGGUGGCCGCUCCAUUUUUUCUCGUACUUAUAUGGACGAAAACCGUACUGUCCAAGAAAAUGAAUGGAUUCAACACUUUACGCAACCAUUGCUUGUUGCUCCUCCUCCGAUGUAUGCUCCCAUGAUGGUUGAUCAGAGGCAGGUCUUUGAAAUUUCCUCGAGUCCAAACGUUGGGUCAGGUCCCAUAAAUGGAGAAGCAUCCACUUCAUACGAGCAGGCUCCUUGUCAAUGUUAUUAUUGUCGUCUGUCGACAAGCAGGUCCCGUCAAUGAAAAUGUAUGUUUGAAUUAGCCAUCAAAUAAGACAUUCCUAAAUGGUUAUUCUGUUUGUGUUCUUAAUUAUUGGAUUAAUACUUUACUCUUUAGCCUUUGAAUAUCAAAUCCUUAAGUUACUGGUUCAAUCAUGCUCUUCUGUUCAAUCCCAUCCA